GGUGCUGGUUUGGGUUGGGGUAGCACCUCUGCACCCACUGCUCCUUGCUGGUGGCUCCUGAGCUGUCUCUGGCCAGCACAAGCCUGGCUUCAUCCCUGUAGAUUUGCCCUGUGCUACCCUGUCACAUGGAUGGCCUGUGGGUGAUCCCUGGGAGGAUGCUCCAACCAAACCACAGAGCUUGUUACCAUGAGCCUGUAGAAGUUGUCGGUGUGCGUGUGGUAAGGUCACACUUGGCUGGAAGGAGUUAAUUUUCUGCUCUGUCCUUCCUUCCCAUUCCCAUCACCCAGUCUCUCCCUUGUGCUGGGGUGGGCUUUUCCCUGUGCCUGGUGUUGGCCCUGCUUAGAGCCAAAUCCCUCAAAUCCCACAGGGCAUGUUUUCCCUACAAACCCAGCGCUGUGGCCGUGCCCACAGUGAUCGAUGGGCCUCUGCCAAGCCCAGCAGGGCUGUGGUUUGGCAGGCACAGAGACCCCUCAGCCGAUCGAUGCACCAAGGAAAUCCCUGGCUCACACAAGAGCUGACUGGCAUCACCUCCUCCCAGCCCCUCUCCCCUAACCAGGGGCUCUUCUAUGGGCACCAGAGCAGGGUGAAACCCCAAAAGCCUUUUUUUUCCUUACUGGAGAGCCCCAGGUUGCUCAUGUGGUGCAGCAUUUCCUCCCCAGAGCCAGGAAAAGCUGUUCAGAUCCAUCAAAUAUUUAGGUUUUGUGUUUGUGGGAGGGCAAAAGGAAAGAUGUGGCUCAUGCCAGAGCUGCAGCUGCUAGUGAUGGAGAGAGUGGUGGCACUUUCCCUGUGGGAUCCCCGUGUUGGCUGGGAAAAAUCCUGCCUCCUCAAGGGUGCUGGGCAAAGGAGAUGAAAACCAACAGGUUUUUUAAAUGUAUCCAAGUUUUCCAGCAUUCCAGGAGACAUCCCAGUGGAUACAGCUGGUGUUUUUGCCCCAAGUGUUGCCCCUUCCUCCCUUUUCAUGCCAAACUUGCGCAGACCCCAUGAGAGGAAGCCUGUUCCCUUUGUGUGGCUCACACUGUGUCUCCUGGGGAGCAUGAGUCCAGAGGGAUGUGUUUACCCAGCUCAAGGCAAACGUCCUAGUUUUUGACUGAACAGUCCAAAAUGUAACAUGGGAUGUUUUCCCCACACCUGGACUAUCUCAAGGUAAGGUAAAGUGCAUCCACAGUUCCUGGCACGAUGUAGGAGCUCAUGGAUAAAGCACCCCAUGGGCUGCCUGGAUUUCCCUUCCACAGCUUUAAGCCUUGUGCCUUGGUCCCCUUGGACUCCUGAGCUGAUUCCCAUGCCCCCAGGAUGAGGAAGCUGAGCCAGCUCAAGGAAGGAAGUGGCUCUUGCUCCCAGGCUGGUGCUCUGGGAGUGCAGUGGGUUAAUACAACCCUGCUGCCUAAUCGAAGCCCAAAGCUGUAAACCCCCACCCUGGGGGAACAUCAUUGCAGAUGUGGAUGUAAAAUACUCAAGGGCUGAGCUUUAAUGAUAUUUAUCUUUGUUUGGGAAGGAGACAGCAUAACUCCUGGCUAAUGAUAUUACCCCAGGCUCGUUCUGUCUCUUCUCCAGCGCAGCAGGAUGCCACUGUCGCAGACAGCCCUGUGUGUCCCUGCUUGUCCCUGCGCAGUGUGGGCAGCCUUGGCCAUGAACACCCAGCUUGGAGUUCCUAGAUAGUUGUAGUCAUGCAAAAAGAUCCUUUUUCUGGGAAUGCAGCCUACCUUGACCAGCUCCUCGGGGACAACAGCCAUCUGCCCCAUUAAAGAGAUAUAUAGCAGGUCUCUUCUCCAGCCCACCAGCAUUGCAGGGUCUCUGCAUUCCCUUGAAUGUACCAGAUUUGGGGUUGUGCAUCCCUGGGUUGCAGGAUGAGCAUGUCCCUCAGACAGUGGAGAUGUCAGGGCUGCUGGUCAGCUCCUGCUGAAUGUUCCUUGUGUGGCUGGGCUUGUUUUCCAGCACUUGUGGAGGCAACAGCGAACCCACUGAGGUGUACAAUGACUAAUGAAUGCACAUCUGGCACGGGGAUUGUGCCGUGGAGGGGGAAGCUGUGCACUAGCUCUCUGCUCUCCUGAUCCCUCUCCAGGGAGCAGGCAGGCUUGGGAGGCUGUGGCCAUAUGCUCUGGGAUGGGGAUGAGGGGGAUGAAGGUGUAGUGAGGGGUAUGGGUAUCAAAGCAUUGUGCUGAGACACUGUAACCAGCUCUAUGCAUGAUCUUACCCUCCAAGCAGAAACACAGGAGGGCUGAGGGGUGUUCUGGCUGACUCCCAAACUCCUUCCCAUGUCCCCAUUUACAACCCAGUAGCCCUAAUGUUGAGUACACAAGGCAACUAGAGAGCUCCAAAUCUGCGAGGAGCAGGCUGAAUGCUGGCUGGGAUGGAAUAUUGCACUGUCAGGCUUUUUCUGAUUGAUAUAGCAGCCCUGGGCUCUGCUGAAAAUGAAAAUAAAAGCAAGAUCUAGCAUAGAACGAAAUAAAUCCUCCUGCCAGCGGCUGCAGGUUCAGCUCCUGAGCGUCCUCCAGCAUCAGCGUUUUGGGCUGGUGGAAAUGCUGGCCUGAACAGGAAGGAAAUGAUGGAUGUGCUGGAGUGAAGGGGUGUGAGGUGCAACAAGGCAAGGGCACCCAGGAGGGCUCCAGCACGCUCUGCAGCAUGGCUGUGGCUGUGUAAGCGCACACAUGGAAGUCCUGGGGGUUCUGCAUGUGCAGAUAUUGUGAAAGAAGGACCUAAAUGAGGAUUCUCUGUGUCAUUUUUUUCAUCCUAAGGAAUGAAGUCUCAGUGUGCAGAAGUGAAGUCAGGGGGCUUAGAUUUUUUUUUUUUUUUACAACAGAGGGAAACCAGAAGAAAGUAAAAAUAUUUUGCGGUUUUGCUGUAAAACUAGUCAGUGAUAUCCUUUUUAGUGCUGGAAAGAUGGAAUUUCGUAAAACCCACAUGAACUUCCUGGACUGAUACAGGUUUAGCCGCAAUACUUUUAUGAUCUUUAAAGUCAAUUGUACAUGUGAGUACUGCAAUGUCUGAGGGCUGCAGAGGGUGAGAAUCUGGCAGGUUCAUGACCCCCGUAUUGCCAGGGUACCUGUGUACCUGGGGCUUGGGCAGGCUCAGCUGUGUGUGGUGCCCUGGCAGCAGCAGAUCCUGAGAUGCCAGCGAGGCAGGAUGCUUUACAGGUGCUUUGUGUUUCCCUUGCCCCAAAAGAAACUGAAAUAAGAACUUGAAAAGUAUUGUGUAUCAAACUGCUGCUUGAUUUGCUGGUAGUGUUAACCUCAAACACUCCAAACAUGCCAGCUGAGCCUCCCAAACCAUGUGUUUUAUUUAAAACCCCAUCGACUGAAAAGCAAAACUUUGGGUUUAUUUUCCCUGUAACAGAGCAUAUGGUGCUCCUGUUUCCAAGCUUUUCUGAGCCACCACAAAGCGGGAAUCCCACCUUUUCUGUUCUGUUUGGUCACCCAUGCGUUGCUUUAAAAAAUAAUGAAACAACAAUAGGAAAGACAGCUUGAGGGGGGAAAAAUGAGACCAGCAUUGGAAUCAGGCAAGCUGAUAACCUGCUCACUGGAGCGAUGCUGUUUCACAUUUGCUUUGCUGUGAUCUCCUGCAGCGCCCGCCUGCUUUGGGCCAGAGCCAUGGGGGGUGAUGGAGAGUGUGAUCUGGACCCGGGCAAUCUCAGCUCUGUGUUAGCCUAGUGACUCCUUAAUCCCAAAGAAAGUCUUUUCUAUGUCCGUCCAUGGAAAUGGCGAAAUGUCAGUUCCUGAAUUAGCUGUAACAAUGCUUCCCACAGCCCUGGCAGCACUUGCUGAGGGGAGAAGUGGCUCUCCCUGCAUCCUGGGCUGUCAUCACCUCCUCGCAUCCUGCCCAGAGCAGCCCAGGAAAUUACUUUCUUACUUCUCUUGGCCUCCUCCUCCUCCUCUGUGCUCGCCUGGAUGUCUCUAAUUCCCAUCCCUCCAGCAGCUCUGAAGCCCAGCUAAGAGGAAAAUGCAUCUUUACAACCCUCCACAGAAAUGCUCCGUGUGCUUGCUUUCCUCCCUCGAUGCUCUUCCGUAUUUGCCAGCCCCCUGAUGUGCUGGAGUGGAUAACGUGGAUUUCGUUAUUGUCAGGGGAAUAGGGAGGCUCCCCCCAGCCUGGACUGUGUGUGGGUGUUCCUGUGUGCCACACAACCCUUCAUCCCACAGCCGGCAGGCGCUUGGAUCCUGCGGCACGGAGGCUCUGCUGCUGGAUCCCAGGGAGAAAUCAGCGGAUCGAGCUUCUGGCACCGGCACUGAGGAGCUCUGAGGGUUGGGCUGGAAGAACGGAGAGAGAAUCCAUGGGCAAUGGGGUGCCCUGACGGACAGCAAGAGUGACGGAGGAGAAGGGCCACCGUGUCUCCCCGUGGCCAUGCAGAGCUGCCUGUCCCGGCCGGCCACCCCGGGGCCGGCGUGACCACAACAUCCUGCCUGUCCUUUUCUGGGUCCAACGCCUCCGUCACUGAACAGUUUGAUGGAGAAUCGGUCGGAUGACAGCGGGAACUGUUGUUAUCACCGGGGGAAUCCUAGCGACGGUGAUCCUACUGUGCAUCAUUGCCGUGCUCUGCUACUGUAGGCUACAGUACUACUGCUGCAAGAAAAAUGACUCCGAUGAGGAAGAGGAGGAGGAGGAGGAGGAGGAGGAAGAGGAAGUGCCCGACCUCCCCACGCACUCACACCUCGGCAUGUGCAACGCCUGCAGCUCCCGCAUGGUGGACGGCCAGGGCAGCCCCGCGCCCCCGCCCAGCGAGCUCAACCAGCAUGGGGCUCACAACUACUGCCCGACCUGCUCCCCCUACGGAUCCCCCUUUUACAUCCGGACUGCCGACAUGGUGCGCAACGGGGGCGAGAGGGUCACCUACACCCCUGCGUGCUACAAGGAGAUGGGGCCGCCCAUCAACAUGGCCACCCUGCAAGGCUACACGCUGAGCCGGCACGGCCUCCUCCGCGACAGCUUCCCGAACCCGCGGGCCAUCAGCACGGAGGUGUAGUCACCAUUGCCACUAGCACAGGGUGUCCCCAGCCAGCGCCCACUCGAGGGAAGGGGCUUUUCACUUGUCUUUGGGGGUGUUCCCACAGGGAAGACCCCGUAGGCCCAGCUCCAGACCAGCACGGUCCUCCUGCUGACCCGCCUGGCACGGCGAAGCUCUGCGGGCGAGAAGGGGAGCAAGACCUCGAAGGGCGACGUUGAAUCGGCCACCUCCGAACCCAUCAUAAGUGUCAUUAUUAUCUACUCUGUCUCCCAAAGGGACUUGUCUAACGAGGGCUAUGUACAGUACAACCUAAUUUAAUUACCCCCGGCUCCCUGAGCCCAGAGUGAGGCCUUGGGUGCCCGCUGCCUCUGGCACACGGUGCAAUGGGUGACCACCCGCCAGCUGCCGCCCCUGGCAAAUCCCGCUGCCAAGAGGGGCAUGGCAGCACUCCUUGGCGAUGGGAAAGCAAGGAAGGGAGGAUCCAGGUCGCCCUGCUCCCCUCGUGGUGCAUCAGUUGUCGCUAACAGUUACCUUUUCUGUUCGAGUGUAAGAUAGGGCACCGCGUCCCACCUGCUUCGGUCUUCGCACGUGCUGAAGAAGUUCAAGACAUGAAUUUAGGUCACUGCUGGGGGAGGCAAAGCUGCUCGCCAAAGCGCUCACCCACGCGAACGGGCACAGGCUGGUCCUUCUGCGGCCGAAGCCCCCACCUCUUCUACUCUUCACAAGCUUUCUUAGGAGCAAUUUUAACUUGGACCCAUCAAAACGGAAAGAUUUUACUUAUGGGAAGAAUUGUAUCCCUAAAUAACUGCAGUUUUGUUCACCUUCUGCUUUCAAAGCCCUACCCAGCCCACCCUGACAGCUCCAACAGCCAGAGGAAGGUUGGUUUUAGGAUGAAUUUUGCUUUCAACAGCAGCAGCAGAGCCCACAAGGUUGCAUCUCCUCCUUUGCAGGGCCCACAGCCUCCCACAGAAGAGUGAUAUUCAGGUGGUUGGGUCCCCCCUGCUUUUGUUUUUGGAAGAAGAGGGUGCAAGACCCAAAUGCGGGUUCACCGGCACUGCGGCUGGCAAUGACAGCCAGUGACUCUGCCUUUCUGCAAAAAUGAAUGUGGGAAAGUUUCUUCUUCCUCCAUAAAUCAAAUUAGGUGAAAAAUUACUAAAAGGACAUCUCCAUCAUUCACAGGCACUUCCAUAGCAACCAGUGCAGGACUGCUCGGCUGAGCACUUCCCAUUCAUGGCAGGGAGGAGGGACCAGGAGAGCAACGAUCCCUGCGGAUGCUGUUGGAGGCAAUGGAAGGAAACACUUGCCAUGCCUUUGCAAUAUAGGGUAGGACUGCUCAGAAAUGUGAGCAGUGAGGUCUUUCUUUCACCACUGCAAUUUAGAAAUCAUCCUGCUGCCCACAGAAGGAUUUGGACUUAACCUCCCCAUUCACACAGGGAAAAAGUAGGUCUCAGUAUAGAGGGCACACAGUACAUCAGCCUUGAGUGUCCACAUUAUCAGGCAAAAGGCUGAUGUACCCUUUGGACCUGCUUAUGCCUUGGCACCUCUGCUCAAACAACCUGAAGAAAAGAGCCAGACAAAUGCCACUGGUCAUGGUCCUUGUAACCAAACCUUGCCCCAGCCUGCAUUUUACACACACUUCUGAGCAAAUGUUAUGCACCAUCUCCCCCACGUCCAGGCCAAAAAGACACUGCAUUUCCAUUAUCUGGAGACUCAGUCUGGCUGCGUUGCUUUUAGAGUCUCUUUCCAUUCUCCAAAUAGUGAUAGCAGGUUUUAAUGUCCUCUCGUAUUAAGGGCAAGCAGGAGGGAAGAUGAAAGUUAGCAGCAGCAAAGCUUUCUGGAUCCCACUGGUCGAUAGUCAGUAGCUUCUACCGCUUCCCCUCCAGCCAGUGCUCCUCCCUGAAAAUACUGUCUGUAACGGGAAGAAAAUCUCGGCUAACUCGGUAAAUCCCAUCCUUUCCCACUAAAGCAUCUGCUCAGCUUGGUCUCACCCUGCUGGGAGCCACGAGAAGUUAAUGUGUCCCAGAUCUCUGCCAGACGGCCCUGCCAUGCCGUCCCCUCAGCAGGCGCGGAGCCAGCACGGACACGGUGGCUCCUGGCAUCCAACUCUACCUCUUGGCACACACAAAAAGGCUUCCCACCCCAAUGGCAAUGACCUCCAGAGGGUGGGAAUAACACAGGGGCUUCUGCUUCUGUGGGUCACCCUUUUGGUGAAAGGAAGGCCACAGUAUUGUUAUCUUCAUCACAUGCAAAUUAAGCGUGACCUAUCGCCGGCUAAUGAGGUGCCAAGGCUGGGGAGGCAGUUCCAAAGCAGCCAGGUGGCCAAGAUGAGGGUUGGCCUCGCAGCCAACACACACCCUGGGUCUGGCAGGGCCACAGGGAAACGGGUGAGUCUGAAAGGGCUGGAAACAUGGGGGGUGCAGCUGAGGAUGAGAAGGUUUGGGGGCUGGUGGAGGAACAGGAUGAGGUAGGGGCAGGGAUCCCAGAUUUUUUCCACUUCAGAUUCCUCCUGUUACUAUUCUCUGUCUUUGUUGCUCAGCUAUGGGUCCAAAUUCAAUGUCAGAAAUAAACGAGGACUUUGAAAUACAAA